AUGUCUUCUGAACCUGUGAACAACGCCGCCAUCGACAAGGACGUCGGCCUCGGCCCCCAGUCCGGCAACGGUGCCACUGUCCACCCCCAGAUGUCCGUCGAGGAGCACGACGUCGCACGCGCGGCAGCUCGCUUCGGAUACGGCCCUCUGGCUCAGGUCAACACCGCCGAGGCUCGUCUUCCUCCCUUCGGUGGUGAGUUCCAGCCCGGUCUGUACAAGCCGGUCGAGGGCCGCAAGUUCGCCAACCCGGCUCCUCUCGGCCUGUGCGCUUUCGCCCUCACCACUUUCGUGCUGAGCGCUAUCAACAUGGGCGCCGAUGGCCUCACGACCCCCAGCAUUGUCAUUGGCGCUGCCUUCGGCUAUGGUGGUCUCGUCCAGCUGCUUGCUGGCAUGUGGGAAAUGGCUGUCGGUAACACUUUCGGUGCUACUGCUCUGUCCUCGUACGGUGGUUUCUGGAUCGCUGUCGCCAUCAUCCUGACUCCUGGCGGCUUCGCGAUCGAGUCAACUCUUGGUGACCAGUUCCUUGCUUCGUUCGGUCUGUUCCUGAUGGGCUGGUUCAUCUUCACCUUUAUCCUGGUCAUCUGCACCCUGAAGUCGACAGUCGCUUUCUUCCUUCUGUUCUUCUUCCUGGACUUGACCUUCCUGCUUCUGGGUCUCGCCUACCUGUUGCCCACGGACGGCAGUCCCAAUUCCAAGCUCCUGAAGGCUGGUGGCCUCUUUGGUUUCCUCUCCGCCUUCGCCGCUUGGUACAACGCUCUUGCCGGUAUCGCCGAUACCAGCAACAGCUUCUUCAUCAUCCCUGUCGCCCACUUCCCCUGGUCACCUACCGGCCGUAGCCGCCGUGAGAAGACCGACCGUGAGAUGGCGUAA